AACCUCACUUUAGGAGGAGGUCGCGUCCGAGCUUCGUGCAACAAAGGACGUUGUUGCUGAGGCCGGACCACACACGGUUUUUUUUUCUGCGUGACUUCGGGUUUCCUGUGUUCGCAUUCUAUUUGCUUGCUGGUGCUGCCCGCUGCUGCUGCUGCUGCUGUUGGUGUGUUGUGAAUUUCAACUGAUAGCCUCCUAGUUUUUUUGUUUGGUAGCGCUUGCCGCGUCCAUCCAAUAUAUGUCAAGUAUCGUGAUGUUCGGAGGGGGGUGUGGGGUCGGUGGUGGGUGGUGCCACAGCGCGACCGAGCUGCGGAUUGCACAAUAAACGGUGGCUCGGGGCGUAUUAAGGGACACUUUUAAGCGUGAGUUCAACCGCGGGAUCGUCAUUUAGAGGCGGUCACAUCAGCAGCAGCGGCGGCGGCGGCAGCUUGCACGUUUUGAUGCAGCGAACGACCAAAAAAAAACGAGCCGAGGUUCAUUCAUUCACGCGGUUUCUUCUUUUUUUUCCUCCUGUGUGCGUGUUAUCAAACGGACGGUAGCAAAACAAAAGGUCGCUCUUGCACCGCAACUAGAAAGAGGGCGGUUUGUUCUUUUAAUUGUCUGAACGCGAUCUGGAUCGGAGCAACAGCAGAAACUCGGCAGUGGGUUUCAUCAUCCGAGCUGUUGUGUAUGAAGCUUGCGAGCAAUGGACAAGAGUAAAGCAGGACACAAGGUGAAAAAGCGGCCUCCGCUCACCAUCACCAAGGAGGUGUUCGCGCCCACGCCGCCCACGACGCCACCAAGAGAUCUGGAUUCAAAGGCAUGCAUCACUAUUGGAGAUAAGAACUUUGAGGUGAAGGCCGAUGACCUGGAGACCCUGAGCGAGCUGGGCCGCGGCGCGUACGGCGUCGUGGAGAAGAUGCGGCACGCGCCCAGCGAGACCAUCAUGGCCGUCAAGCGCAUCCGUGCCACGGUGAACUCGCAGGAGCAGAAGCGCCUGCUCAUGGACCUGGACAUCUCGAUGCGCACCGUCGACUGCCCCUACACCGUCACGUUCUACGGAGCGCUUUUCCGCGAGGGCGAUGUGUGGAUCUGCAUGGAGCUGCUGGACACGUCUCUGGACAAGUUCUACAAGAAGGUGAUCGAGAAGAAGCAGACGAUCCCCGAGGACAUCCUGGGCAAAAUCUCCGUCUCCAUCGUUAAGGCUUUGGAGCACUUGCACAGGAAGCUGUCCGUGAUUCACAGAGAUGUGAAACCUUCAAACGUGCUCAUCAACACGCAGGGUCACGUGAAGAUGUGCGACUUCGGAAUCAGUGGCUACCUGGUCGACUCCGUGGCCAAGACAAUGGAUGCCGGUUGCAAGCCCUACAUGGCACCGGAGAGGAUUAACCCUGACUUGAGCCAGAAAGGUUACAAUGUCAAGUCCGACAUUUGGAGUCUGGGCAUCACCAUGAUCGAACUGGCCAUCCUCAAGUUCCCGUACGAGUCGUGGGGGACGCCCUUCCAGCAGCUCAAGCAGGUGGUGGACGAGCCGUCGCCGCAGCUGCCCGCCGACCGUUUCUCCCCGGAGUUCGUGCAGUUUGCCGCGCAUUGCCUGAAGAAGAACCCCAAGGACAGGCCAACUUACGCCGAGCUGAUGGAGCACCCGUUUUUCAAGAUGCACGACACCAAGGAGACGGACGUGGCCACGUUCGUGAAGCAGAUUCUGGUGGAGUCGCCGUCGCAGUGAAGGGGGGAGAGAGAGCCCCGCAUGACCUCGACGGAAACACAACCCCCCCCCACACACAGCCCCCACCCCCGCAGGAGGGUGCGACAUCUGCAGAAUUUUAAAAAAUUCGUUUUUUCUAAGCAAGUGUACAAAAAUGUAACCUGUUCAAAUACCAAUCGGCCCUCUCAAACGGCUGCUCGGAGAAAGAGAUAUAUGUAAGUGGCGGUGAGCAAAAUGAUGUUUUGCUUUGCGGGAGUUUGAAGCCUGCGACGUUUUUGUGAGUGAUCUUCAGCGGAAUUCCUCUCCGUGAUCCUCAAAUCCUCAAGCGCGCCCCUCCCGUGUGCCGGCCAGCACACCGCACGCUGCCGCCACCGUUUCGGUGCCGUGGAGCGGGUUGCGAUUUUGUUGUUGCUGCUGCUGUUGUUGGUUAGUUUCGAGAAUCCUUAAAGUUUCCGGCAAGCGCGACAGUGUCCCCCCACUCGCGAGAACACGGGCUGCUGCAAGGGGGUCAGUCGUGGUUCACAGCGGUGCGACGAGCAGCGACGGUUGUUUCACGGCCCGUUAAAUCUACCGCGUCGGCAGCCCGCGUCUAAAACGGGUGCAGUCAAAUCCGUUGUUGUUGUCGUCGUUGUUUUGCAUUACUUACAAAGUGCGUUCGGUUGUUUGUUGUUGUGUUUUUUGUAUCGACAUCGCCCUAAAACGCGACGUGGCGUAGUGCGGUUAAGAUGAGUCCCUUCUUUAAAGGCGGGGGGGGGGGGGGGGCAGGGGGGCAUCGAGCGGAGGGUUGUAACAAAACGACGGUGAUGGUUGCCGUCUGCCCGUCCCCUGGAACCUCCAAAGAUUCGUGGUCCUGCGGGACCUACCGGGGUCUUGCAGCAGUCUCUGAGGCCUUCACACUCGUCAGCAUUUACACCACGAUCAGUCGCGGGGCAAGGGGGGUGGGCCCGGGGGGGAAACGAUAUGAAGCAGAAUGAUCCGUGAUGGUGAUGAUGAUGUUUGUUGAUUUGUGAGUGGCUGUGCGUGGUGUGUGCAUCGAUGGACAGUUUUAGUCAAAUUGUUAUUUUCGUGUCUUAAGUAACUUUUAAUAAGUAUUACAUGGUUGUUAUAGUGUACGUAUUUUGUGUGUGUUUGAUGGUGGAUUUGAUUUGGUUUACUUCGUGUUGCCUGAGUGCAUAGUGAGCAAGCCCCUUCACCACCCACCAUUUAUAGAAAUGAGGAACAAUAUACUCGACUUUUGUUUUACAAAGGACCCUGUAAAUGUCACGCUUCUUUUGAGUGUGUUUGCAGGAAGAGCUUAAAACAACAUUUUUAGCUUUGCAUUUGGUGGAAUUAUGGGCCGAUCGGUUACUCGGAGGCUUCUUUGACGUGUUUUCGAUCUGAUUUAAAUUCUGGUCGCUCAGGGGCUGAUAUACGAGGCCACCGCCUUUAGUACUGUGUGGUUUGAAAGCCACUGACGAUGUUUCUGUACAUAUGUUGAACAUUUUUUUCGCACCGCACACAGCCAACUGUGUGCGAAAUCGCAGGUGCGGGGCGAAGGACAACAAACUGAACACACAAAAAAAAACAGUUCUAAAGAAACGGGUUUUCAAUUUGAAUUUAACAGUGCUUAGCUCCAGUGGCUUCCUAAUAUCGGAAGGAAGAGGCGUUCCAGACGGCCGCACAAGGCGCAUCUGAAAGCGCCGCGCGAUGUGGUGACCCUCUGUUUGACGGUUAACCAGAAAGCCGCCGCCCCCGCUCCCGCUGCUGCUGCUGCUGCUAAGAUGACCGGUGCACGGACGCGGUGAAACUCUGAAUUCCUUUUGCUUCCGCGUGCUCCCGGCGCGCUGUUCCCUCCUCGCGGGACUUUCUGGGAACACGCGGUCACGGUGGCGAAAAUUCUGGAGGAGAAAAAAAAAGAGAAAGCGGCAGCGGUCGAGAUAAAAACGGCGCGUCCGUUGAAUUAACAGAAAAAAAAAUCUUUUCACGGUGCACUCAAAUGCUUUAAUACCGCUCAAGAUCACACCACGCUCUUUGUUUUAUUAUAAAGAGGGCCGGAAUAAGGAUGGCCAAGGCACAACGUUGUGUGCACUGUGGCGGGGGGGGGGGUGCUUGCAUUCGUCUUGUCGGAACGAGUUCAUCAGGUCAGGACGUAGUCUUACCGGCUGAGAUUCUGGGCCUUGGUUGCGGCAGAGGCAAAGCGAGAAGACGGUUUUUAUUUUAUUUAAUGAAGCAAAGUGCCUUAUUUGUUAUAGUUCAUCCUCACCAUAUCCACAUAUCGCAACAGACAAUAAUGCGAUUUACUUGUUGUUGUUUGUUUUUCAUCGAGGGGCGGCUCCAAGAGCCCCUCUCUUUCACGACCCGGCCUGUUUCACGACCAAGCCCGGACGUGGGCCUUGCCAGUGAUUACAUUCUCAGAAGCCAUGUCGUCAAAUCUGUUUUUUUUCCUUCUCUCUUCGUAUCAACAACUCGGCUCACGAGAUUCUCAUCGCGCGUACUCCGUCUACGGUUGCCAUCCCAAUUUUUUUUGGUUCAUUUAGCGCCUUGAUUGAAGACUGGUUUUAUUUCAUUGAUUAAGUAGUGCCUUUUAAGUCGGCCUCGCUGGUGGCUAGUGAGCAGAAUUUAGCUUUCACCCCCUCCCUCCUUUCCCGCCUCGACGUUUGCAGUCCGAGAGACGGUGAACGGCGUCGGUUCCCUCUCGCGUCUCCCAACUCUUCUUCAGUUACAACCAAAACAAAAAAAAACACUUUCUUCAUUCGCUGCCAGAGAAUGUUUCGCCUUUGUAAUUUGGGCGUGGGGACUUGACGUUCUGCUGUCAUUCCGGGGGGGGGCGGGGAGGGCGGUAUUGGAUGCUGCAGGGUAUUUAACAUCCAUGUUGUCAUUUGGAACAAUCUUCUCGGCGUGCUUUCACUGUGUUGCGGUGGCGGAUGUUUCAACUUGAACGGUCAUCCCCAUGCACAGAGACGUGCUCUCAGGGAGGAGCGAACAGUGACCACUAGGCCGUCCGGCAUUGGAAUUCAAUUCCACUUCCAGCACUCCUACAGCCAGUGAUUUCUCUCUCUCUCUUGUCACUGCUUCGCUUUUCUUCCCUCUGCCCUCUGCGUUCGGCCGCACACUCUCGCAGUGACCCUGCAUGCUCCGCCGAGCGCGCGAAAGCAAGACAAUAGCUCCGUGCUGAAGACUAGUCGGCCUCAUUCGUGUGCGUAACGUACGGGUGUAUUUUAAAUAUUCUUUCACACCGUACGUAGUCAACCGUGCUAAUCGGAGGUGCGGGGGAAGGACAACAAACUAACACAAAAAGCAGUGCUAAAGAAAUGAGUUUUCAGUCGAGAUUUAAAGUGCAUUAGCUCCAAUGUCUCCCUAAUAUCGGAGGGAAUAGCGUUCCAGACGGCCGCAGAAGCGCACGUGCAAGCGUGUGAUGCGGUGACCACCUUUGUUCAAUGGUUAGCCAAAGGCCGCUGUAAGGAUGACCGGAGUUCACGCGAUGGUUUCUGCUCCUUAACGAGAUCAGCAAGGUACUGCCAUAGUGGCAGUACAAAGAUAAAGGUGCAGCCCCUGCAAUCGCCUGCUCUACGCCACUGCCAAUGGAAGGGCCUUCGCUCGGAAGGAUCUCCUCGAGGCUAUUCGGCCAGGCGUUGUGGAAGAGGUGGCAGAGUUACCCACACUUUACCCCGCCACACGCCACCUGCCGAUCCGACCGACUGGUGCCACCAGUUGUGCCGCUGGCUUGGGCAGAGGUGGCGGGUGACGUUUUUAAAUCCUUUAUAGUAAGUUCACUUACUUGCUUGCUUGUGCGCUUACGACCGUGCAAAUCUUUCGGUAGUUGUUAACCCACUUCGCGUGAUCCAAUCGAGCUGAUAUUUUGCACACAGACUCGUUGUGCUUGACAAUUUAUUUUCGUGAAAAAUUUUUUCCAAAAUUUUCCACUUUUUAGGAUUUUUUUUCCAUAUUUCAUUUAAAAUACCAAUGUGAUAAAAAUGAAACUCUUACUCAAGAAAAACAGAAAUGAAUAAUAAAAUAAAACCGAUGCCACGCAUAUAAAGGAUUUAUAGUGAAAACCUUUGUUUUUACGGGUUAAUUUUUUUCUGAAACUCGCUCCAUUGCCUCGUCAGCACGUGGCAUCGAAGCAGGAUUUCAAGUCCAGCGCGCUGACCUUGAUUUCACGGGCGAGUCGGCCCCACCGAUGUCGGUGAAACGGGGAGAGCGCCUGUAAAUGUUGCGGCUUCCCUUCCGUCUCCUGCUUUCUCAAGAACGCAUCUCUUUGCCUCGUCUAUAUCUGUUCCGCCGUUGGAAAACCAAAAUGCCGAGCAAAAAGCGCACGUGGCGAGGGAGCAUCGUUUGCGCCAAACGUCGCUCUCUCCAGAAUCAAGUCUUACCUUUGUAAGCAUAUUUAUUCCCUUCAUUGUUUUGUUUCAGAUGGUGUUUAUUUAUUAUCAGUGCCAUCGACGUCGCUGUCAGAUCGAGUGUGGGUUUUGUUGUUGUUGUUGUUGCUGUUGUUGUUGUAAAGAGAAUGAUAAAUGUUGCGUCUUUCAAGAGCUCUAGUGACCGCGCCAACCGUGGGAUACGAAAGAGCGGCGUUAUAAAAAAAAAAGUCACGAGCAUAUUUAUUUGCAUAGACGUACUUUAUUUGCUGUCUAACUUGGAAGUUAACCCGAGGUUGUUUUUUUGCCUCCCCCCCCCCCUGGUUUUUCUUUUUCCCAGCUCAGAAUUGAUGCAAUUGUAUUUAAAAGCUUAAACAAAACAAAACGAAAAAAGAAAAAUGGGAAGCAUCAUUAUAAACGUGCUUUUUAUUUUCGCGUGCAACGUAAUCCACCGCUCGGAGUAAUACACGACGCGUUUGUGAAAAUGCGGCAAAUAUAUGCAAUACCUGGGGCAGGCGGUAUGGUGAAGCGGGGGGGGGGGCAGGGGGGAGGGGUGGGCAUUCUUCAGCAAUACUUGAAAAAUGGGGGGGGGGGGGGUGCGGCUGGUGUCAGGG